GGCGGCGCUGUCAGGAUGUGAGGUGGCACUAUGGCUGUCGUAGACUUCCGGAAUCCUUGAACAACUUGUCAACAUGGCCAAGUCCAGGCUGGAACUGAACUUUGUGCGACUACUGUCACGAUGCGAGUGUAUGGCCUCUGAGAAGAGAGAGCAGGGGGAGUGGAGGCUGGAGAAGUUUGUUGGGGCAUUAGAAGAGAUGCUUGCUUCAAUUAAGAAAGAUACAAGGAAGCCAGCUCCUGAACUACUGAUAGAGUAUUCCAGGAAAGUGGACUUCUUAAAGGGGCUAUUAGAUGCUGAAAAAUUGUCAUCUCCCACUGAAAAAGCCUUGGCUAAUCAGUUUCUUGCUCCAGGACGCACACCUACAAUCAGCAAGGAACGUACGCCAGUGACCAAGACUGUCCAUCUUCAAACACAAGCACGUUACACAGGGGAGAUGAGGAGUGAGCUGCUAGAAAAGAAUGGCAUCUCUUCUACUGAUUCAGGUGAUGGCUAUCCAAGAAAAAGGAAGGGAUCCAUUACCAAUGACAAGCAGUCAGAAGCAGAGCUUGAUGCAGUCCUACAGCAUCACCACAACAUGCAAGAAAAAUUAGCAGAGGAGAUGCUGCGCCUGACCCAGAAUCUUAAAAGCAACUCAUUAGCAGCACAGAAUGUCAUAAAACAGGACAACCAGACACUCUCCCAGUCUCUGAAGUUAGCGGACCACAACUUUGAAAAACUAAAGGAUGAAUCAGACCGCCUGGAGCAGCACGCCAAGAAAUCUGUCAACUGGAUACUAUGGAUCAUGUUAAUCUUUGUCUGCUUCACUUUUAUCAGCAUGAUCCUCUUCAUCAGAAUUUUUCCCCGCCUCCGAUAACCGUUACCAUUGUACUUUCUGUUCACCAUAAAAAAAAGAAUGGACUACAUG